UAGCAGGUCAAGAACAUGUAACGUUAAUUCUAAAAAGCUGGUUAACGCCAGUCAUCAGUGGUGUAAUGUUAAUGAUUCUAUGAUUUACAGAUAUUUAAUGUUUGUGCACUGGGAUUGGAAAUAAUUGCAUAUAAUUCAAAGAUCACAUAAAUCAAUAUAGAACUGUAAGGUAGUCAAUAAAUUAUUAAGUAAAUGUAAUAUACUUUGUGUACUGCUAAUGUCAGGUACCUAUGACAAACCAUAACAUCUGUGACUGGGCGGUGUCAGCACAACACUGCUGAUAUGUAUGUGUCUGAUCAAUUCAUUUGAUAAUAAUAUAAAUAUUAUCAUAUCCAGUUAAGAGUGUGUUUACCCCGAGGAUCUGCCAUAAGACUAAAUGAAGACGUAACAUAUGAUGCAGGACAUUAUUUUGGGGUAUGUAUGGUCUGUAUUCACAUGCUAAUUUUACAUUUACGUUUAUCCCAAAUGCAAUUCGUUCUCCAGAAAACAAUAAUAGACCAAACAAAGUGCUGAUCUCGAAACAGUAUAGCAAAUUAACCUAGCACCGUGAGAAACUGCAAAACUUGACUGCAGGCGGGGCGGAGCGCCUCACUUCUCGCGAGCUGGCCAUCACAGUGUUAUCUCGCUGUUUGAGACAGACACGCCGCCGACGCAGCGAAAGCAUUCUUUCACUGGAAAUCAGCAGGCUUGGUCAGAACAUGGCAGAUGGGGAAGGAUAUGUGGUCCGUGUGCGGGGUCUACCCUGGUCUUGUUCAGUGGAUGAAGUCCAGCGUUUUUUCUCUGAGUGCAAAAUUGCAAGCAAUGGCAGCAGCAUCCACUUCACGUACACAAGAGAAGGACGACCCAGUGGAGAGGCCUUCGUGGAGUUUGAGUCAGAGGAAGAUUUGAAGAUAGCCACCAAGAAGGACCGAGAAACAAUGGGCCACAGAUAUGUGGAAGUGUUCAAGUCCAAUAAUGUGGAGAUGGACUGGGUCCUGAAGCACACCGGCCCUAACUGUCCAGAGACGGCUGGGGACGGCCUGGUGAGAUUGAGGGGGCUUCCCUUCGGAUGCAGCAAGGAAGAAAUUGUUCAGUUUUUUGCAGGGUUGGAAAUCGUGCCAAAUGGGAUAACAUUGCCGGUGGACUUCCAGGGGAGGAGUACGGGGGAGGCCUUCGUGCAGUUUGCUUCACAGGAUAUAGCUGAAAAGGCUCUAAAGAAACACAAGGAAAGAAUAGGGCACAGGUACAUUGAGAUCUUCAAGAGCAGCCGCGCAGAGGUCCGGACGCACUACGAGCCUCAGCGCAAGCCCAUGGGCCUGCAGCGUCCUGGGCCCUACGACCGGCCAGGCGCGGGCCGCGGAUACAACAGCCUGGGUCGGGGAGGCUCCUUCGACCGCGUGCGCCGCGGAGGAUAUGGGGGAGGUGAGAGCGUGUCAGAUGGGCGUUAUGGUGAUGGCGGCUCAACCUUCCAGAGCACGACAGGCCACUGUGUUCACAUGAGAGGCCUUCCCUACAGAGCCACAGAGACAGACAUCUACAAUUUCUUCUCGCCACUGAAUCCUGUGCGGGUCCACAUAGAGAUUGGACCAGACGGCCGGGUCACUGGCGAAGCAGACGUGGAAUUCGCCACACAUGAAGAUGCCGUAGCCGCCAUGUCCAAGGACAAGGCCAACAUGCAGCACCGCUAUGUUGAGCUGUUCCUGAACUCAACAGCAGGGGGCAGCAAUGGUGGCUAUGGCAGCCAGAUGAUGGGCACGAUGGCCACCCAGUCCUCCUACGGGCCCAGCAGUCAGCAGCUAGGCUCUGGCUACAGUGGAGGCUACAGCAGUCAGAGCAGUGUGGGAGGCUUCAGAGAAUACAGUAACCAGGGCGGCAUGAACAGCAGUUACUAUGGCGGCAGUAGCCGGGGCUCAAUGGGUAUGAAUGGGCUGAACAGCGGUAUGAGCAUGGGGGCAGGCUGGGGGAUGUAGCCGGGUCUUCAACCCCACUCACUCGCUCACCCCACUCACCCACCUGUCAGUGCUGGCUAGCACCAGGGAACUGCCCUGAACGACUGGACUCCUCUCAAAUCCAAGUCUCAUUUUUGGUGACAUGGCAAGUUUUGGCCAGAGGUUGACAUGUUAAGUGUUUUGUUUACGAUGUGUGGGAAAGCGACAAUCCGUUGUGGUUGAGAAGAGGAAUGCGUUGUCUAAGGACUUUUGUACAGUUUCAUGUAAAUUUAACCCAUCUAUUUAAUGGUGUCCUCCUUCUCCUAAUUGCUCUUGUAGUUGCUUACAUCAGUAUUACAGCUGGUCUAUUGAAAGAUAAACAAACACUUUGCUUUUUGCUGGCACAUGAGACCAUGAACUUUUCCUGUUUCUAGACAACAUAAGCUGAAUUCUGUGAAGGUUUACAGUCUGAUUCACUUGAGCAGUUUUAUAGUAUGAAAGCGUGUUAGUUUUUAGUAUUAUUCUGGAGAACUCUGGAAGGGAAAGUAAGUGAUGAAACUUAGUGGAGAUAAAACCGGUUUUAAAUGUAUUCUUGCUCCAUUCUUUCCUGUGAAGUAUUUUCUAUGUCCUCCAUAGCAUUGUCCUUCUCCAGUAUGGUAAUAAAAAAGAAAAAACAAUAA